AUGGAGAAUGGGGACUGGAAUGUUGUUAGUUUAACAAUAGACCGAACACUUUAUUUUGACAAAGACAAUCCAGGAAGAUAUGGUGAUUAUGAUUUGAAAGUUUUAGAAGAGAAAGAUGAAGAAUUCGGUAAAGUUAUACUAGUGAAAUGGGAAACCUCAAAAAUCGAAACAUCUGUGUUACGAAAGCAACAUUUAUUACAAACAAUGUUUGUCGAACCGAAAACAUCAGAAACAGCACAGCAAUCAUCAUCAUCGCUUCCAGCGAGAGGACUAACGGAGCUGACAACGGAUGAAACGGUUUUACCAUUAUCAGUCAUCCAAACUAGUUCUAUUAUUGAUCUAGAUGAUGAUAAAAAUUGUGGAAUAUCAUUCGAAAAUAUCAUGAGAUUAUCGAGUGAUCACUUUAUCCAAGACGAAUUAGAAGACGACGAUGACGAAGCAGUACUGAAAUGGAUAGAACCUGUUAAUGUCGUCAUUGACAAAAAUGAAGAGAAAAAGCUUAGUUAUUAUGAGCGCUCAAUGCUUAAUUAUCAACGAUUAAUUUGGGAUAAAUUAGAAAAUGUCACUACCAGAUUAUCUUCUGUCGAUCAAGGGUUAUCAUAUUUAUAUGGAAGACAAUCAAUGCCAACAAUCAUAAAAUUGUUGAAUGACAUGUAUUUGAUUGAUGUCCGACGAUUGGAUACACGAAUUUUGUCGUCGUUUGAAUCAGAGAAUAUGCGUUUGUUUUUUCGUUUUGUUGCAUUCUAUAUGGAGAACGAUUAUAGUUAUCGAUGGAAUAGUAUUAAAGAAUGGUUGUCUCUUUCACUUCGUCCCAGUUCAAUUGAAUACAAUUUACUUGGUUUUGGUAAACUAGACAAAAUGAAUAAACAAAAGAAAAUGAAAAUAAUUACAUCUCCGACGAAAUUUACAACAAAUAUUCAAUAUUGUAAUCGGUCAUCGCAUGUGACAUUUGACAACAGUCUAAAUGAUAAUGAUAAAAAUAUCAUCAUCGUAUUCGAAGCGACAACAUCCAAAAUAUAUUUUGUCAGCAAUAUUUUAGAUAAUCUAGCCAAUAGAAAUGAUAAAUACUCGAAAUCGAUGAAAAAACUAAUAUAUAAAUUGUGUCAGUUAGAAAGGCAAAUCUAUUAUUUAUCAUUUUAUUAUUCUAUAGGGCUUAAUCAGUUUUUCGGUGGCUUAAUUUUAUACGAAUUGUACCGAAGUCCAUCGAUUGAUACAGAUGAGCUGUUGAACAAAAUUAUGUCAUCGGAAGUCAUUUGUCGUUAUGUACCGUUAUUAUUUCGACUCUUCAAAAUGCAACAACUUAUUCUCACAUAUUAG